AUUAUGUCAAUAUGUCAAGCCAGUGUCAGAUUUUGAUACAUCCCUAAGUAAUUUUGUAAAAUAAUUAAUAAAUUAUUUAAUGAAUACAACAGUAACGUUAAUCAGAUUUAUAAUAUAGUGAUUGCGAUGGUAUAAAUGUUCUUAAUUAAUCGUGUCUUUGCAAAUAUUAAGUUCAGUGACGCCUAAAGUUCGGGAAUAUUAAUGUGUUUAGAUGAUCGACGUAAUUGUGGUUUCAGCUGUUUAGUGAUGUUUUCUCCCUCAGCUACGGAUUUUGAACCAAUGGCUCAGUAAACAGCUGCAUUAAAUUUUCUCUAAGUAUUUAAUAUCUGCAACGAAGUGAGCUGAAAAAUGACACUGAUAGAAGGGGUGGGGGAUGAGGUGGUGCAAUUUGUAGUGGUGCUGCUUGUGGUACUGGUUGCGUCGCUGGCGUGGUGGUCCACCAACGCCAGGCCGGACCGCUACCAGACCGUCCUUGUGAUGCGCUCGCGCACGCACCACCCUGUCACUGUCAGCAUUGUCACACGACCAACUGUAACCAAUUCUCGUACAGUUAAUGCCCAAGUAUCACCACCCGAACCUAUAGCUGCAAGUAACACCGUGCCUGAGACCGAAAGCAGUAGAGACGACAGGGUUAUACCGCUGCAGGAGAUGGACAGCAUCGUCGACGCGGACAUGGCGAUGCUGGACAACAAUCGGUUGCACUUCUAUCGCCGGAUCGACUCACCACAAAACAAUCAAACCACUGCAGAAUCUUCCAACGAAGAAGCGGAGAGCACAGAGGAGCAAGAGCCGGCCAGUAAUGCGCAGAUAAGGGAGAUGGAUAGCAUUGUUAGUGCCAUGGAGGCUGACGUCACCACUGGUUGUGACUUCUUCACGAGAUCUGGUGAAUCAAAUAGUAAACCGGGUGCCGCAAAACCAGAUGACAUACAAGACAAUAGUUCAACCCCGCAAGAUAGUUCUACUGAUAGCCCAGAUCACGCCGGUAGCUCCAACGACGACAGCAUAGACAGAGAGGGCAGGAAGAUUGUGAUCAAACUCAAAUACCUGAACGAUACUCUCAAGGAAGUGGAGGGCAGUUUAGAUGAACUGCUGAAGGAUUUUAAGAGACGCCAUUUCGCUGCGGAGCUGUGCGCGGAGCGGCGUGUGCGGCUCAUCUUCCGCGGGCGCGUGCUGGGCGACGAGGCGGCGACGCUGGGUGCGUGCGGGCUGCACCAUCGCGCCGUCGUGCACUGCCUCGUGCACCCCUCGCGGCCCCGCAACCGCGCCAGACCCGCGCCCGCACAGCAGCAGCCUAACAAUCAGUCCCGCGGCUCAACGCACGAAGUGGUGACGGAGGGCGCGGCCCCCGAGAGAGCGUGGGACUUGGAGAACAUCCUCAUGACGCUCGUCUCCGUCGCGCUCACUGUCGUCUGGUUCUUCAGAUGCGAAUACUCGAACAUGUUCACGGCUAGCGCGAGCGUGGCGCUGUUCGGGCUGACGGUGUUCUACAGCGUCGCCAUCUUCGGCCUCUACCUCUCCGACACCUUCCACGCCGAGCGCCGCCCCGCCGCGCCCGCCCCGCAGCCCCCGCCGGUGCCCAACCACUAACUGUACCACUCCAUGCGGGUGCGGCGAGUCGAGCAUGCCCACGCCGAGCGCCGCCCCGCACCGCCGCCCGAGCCCAACCACUAACUGCACCACCUCGUGCGGGUGCGGCGAGUCAAACAUGCUCAUGCCGAGUAAUCAAAUACCCCCUUCGGGUACGGUGAAUUGAACAUGCCCACACUGAGCGCCGCCCGCACCCCUGCCCGUGCCCAACCACUAACUGCCUCGCCUCCCUUUUUUAAAAUUCUUUUCCACGCUUAAAACAAGGGAAAAUCCAAAGACACCAAUCGUGUGUGUGUGUGUUUGAAAAAUCCUCGCGCUCCCUUCGGUCUGCCAAAGACUCCUAAAAAUCGACUACUGCACAUUCUUUAGUACAUAAGUAUAUUUGCCGGUCAUUUCACUGGUGGGUUUAUUCAUUUCUAUUUUUCUUCAUACUAGACUGAUGCUGGAUUGGACUGUACUGUGGUACCACUAACGCAGACGUGCAGGUCAUAGAGGCAUAAAGGCACUGCUUACUCUAAUAUUGAAACAGCUCAAUGCUCAUUUUUCAUUUUAACCCGCCAGUAAAUAGUUAACCUGAUUCCCCUACCCUGAGUUCGAAACCCUUUAUACGCCACUGCCCGUUCGUUAGAGUGAGGCUUAUAAUUUUAACUUAAUAAAAAUCAUACAAAAUGUUUCCAUAAAUGAUGUCAAGUACAUUAUAUUAUACUCGUAGAAAUACGGGCGAUGGUGCGUCGUUUAAUUUUAAUUAAGGUAUUAUAAUAAUUUUUCGUUAAAAUAUCUGUAAUCUAAAAUAAUCUGUUUUCUAUUAUCUCUCCAAUGGUAAGAUAGCCUUAUGACAGUAAAAGCUAUACCAAAAAUUCGUCUCUUCAAGUGCAAAAUGUUUUACGUCAAAUCUAAGGUAUUUUUAAAAUAAGCAAAAAGCAUUUUAUAGGCGCUGGUCGUCCAUGUGAGUGAAAGAGCAGUACACUAGUGACGUCAAGCAACAGAGAAAAGUAAUCGCCAAGGUUUGAGUUUUUUUUGUGACCUAUUGGUGCAAAUUCAGUACCUAAUUACUUAAAUAUAGCCUAAAAUAUGGGGUAUAGCUAUCUCUUUUUUAAUAUGCCUUAAGAAAGGGAAGACAUAUUUUGUAUUCCUUUUCGGUGAUGUUGUGAAUUUACGUCCUAAAUAUAAUUUUUUGUGCAUUUAUUAGGAAGUGAACGUACUAUGUUCGACGUAGAACGUUUUGUAUGAAAAGUGUAGAAAUUAUAAAUACCAUAAUCCAUUGUAAUAUUAUGGCGAAUAUCAGAGUCAUUUGAACAUGACGUUAUAAUUAAUUAUUCUGUCAUUUUAUCUAUUUUUGUAUACUUGACUCAAGGAAUCAUAAUGUAUCUAUAAUGAAUAUACAUUGAAUAAUUUGUUGUAUUAUGUAUGUAUUUGUAUUAGUCUAUCGUCAUAGAAGCAUGGUUAAAUAGCACAAAUGCUUUUAAUAUAUAAUAUUGAAUUUCAACCGUCCAAGUAAUCUCAAACUCAAUAUGUAUAACCUUUAAAACUACUGAAAAAUAACUGCAAAUCAUUCGAGCUUUCCAUUUAUGUAGUCUUAUUAUAAAAACGUUAGGCGCCGUUUAAACUGGCGUUAAACUCAGGCGUUGUAUGCGAUAGACGGGUUAAAUAUCUGUUUAAACCACGCCUUAAGUUUUUUGUAAUAAGAGAGAUAAUUUUGUUGAAAAAUUAGAGCUUUUUAGUUUUUGGAUCGUUCAGACGCGAUUGUUCCAAUUCCUGAUCAUAUAUUUUCAGAAUAUAGAUGGUUCUUAAAAUAAUUGUAGGUUUUUUUCAGUAGCAUGAGGUUCUUAUAGGCGGAGAAAUUUACAGAAUAGGGUAGAUGCACAUUUUUUAUUUUAAUCAUUAUUUUUACAUUGCAAACCAAAUACAAUU